GAUAGAUAUGAAGUUCUCCAAAUUCUUACAGGUUGGAUCCAAAGAAUGAGUCAAAGAGAUGCUGCUGUCACUGAAUCUGAUAUCUUGAAUAAAAAAGAUUUAUCUUCCAACACGCCUCUGCAUCUUGCAGCAUAUAAGGAAGAUCAUCAGGCAUGGUUCUUAAACCUUCAAUGUUUCUUUACUCAUGUAUGAUUUUUUCAAUUAUCCGUUUUGUUUCAUAAUUAGACCGACUGUAGAAUAUAUGUAUGCAGGCUGCAAAACUAUUACUAGAACGUCAAUUGGUAAAACCGAACGAAGUAAAUGGUGAUGGUAUGACAUUCCUUGAUAUUGUAAGAAACCAAGAACAGAGUAGAGACUUGGAUUUGGAACUAGUUGUUGUAAAAACCGGGUGCAAGGAGACUGCUUCUCUUCCAAAACUCGAGAAACCUUCCGAUCACUUUAAGUCACCAGUCACUUUCUGGACUCAUAUCUCCAUUGGCCUCAGACGCCUAAGGUCCGACACUUCAGAAGAAGGCCGUGCAGUCUUCUUGAUUAUAUGUACUUUGAUAAUCACAUCCACUUAUCAAACCGCACUGCAGCCUCCGGGAGGUGUACACCAAUCCGAGGGUGGAGGUACAGCGGUGAUGAAGCAGACAGUCUUCAUCGUCCUAUGGGUUUCCAACACUAUAGGCUUCUGUUGCGCUCUACUCUACACGUUUUGUCUCCUGCCAAUUGGUAGCUUGUUUACCACAUGGUUCUUUUGGAUUGGAGCGUCUCUCGGAGUUUCUUAUGCACUCGCUAUGGCUGUAAUCUCACCUAAUCCUCUAUUGUUUCUCUGUGCCGCCUUCACCUUGUACCUGCUCUUUCCUAUGUAUCUCUUGAUGGAAAUUUUCAUAUCCCUGAGAAACCAAGAACAGAGUAGAGACUUGGAUUUGGAACUAGUUGUUGUAAAAACCGGGUGCAAGGAGACUGCUUCUCUUCCAAAACUCGAGAAACCUUCCGAUCACUUUAAGUCACCAGUCACUUUCUGGACUCAUAUCUCCAUUGGCCUCAGACGCCUAAGGUCCGACACUUCAGAAGAAGGCCGUGCAGUCUUCUUGAUUAUAUGUACUUUGAUAAUCACAUCCACUUAUCAAACCGCACUGCAGCCUCCGGGAGGUGUACACCAAUCCGAGGGUGGAGGUACAGCGGUGAUGAAGCAGACAGUCUUCAUCGUCCUAUGGGUUUCCAACACUAUAGGCUUCUGUUGCGCUCUACUCUACACGUUUUGUCUCCUGCCAAUUGGUAGCUUGUUUACCACAUGGUUCUUUUGGAUUGGAGCGUCUCUCGGAGUUUCUUAUGCACUCGCUAUGGCUGUAAUCUCACCUAAUCCUCUAUUGUUCCUCUGUGCCGCCUUCACCUUGUACCUGCUCUUUCCUAUGUAUCUCUUGAUGGAAAUUUUCAUAUCCCUGAGGCUGAGCCAUCUCAAGGCUGCAGUAUAUCGAAUCUUUAUCUGA